UAAGAGACAUUUUGAUUGUUCAUCACCAACCAGCUGUUAGCGUCGCAAAUCGAUAAGCGAUAAGUACACAUUGAAUACAGACGAUAAAUAAAAGCAAUAGUAUAGAGCCAGCCGCAGGUCGUCAUGCCACGAGGAAAAUACGUUAACCACAAAGGCCGCAGCCGCCACUUCACAUCACCUGAGGAACUGCAGCAAGAGUCCGAGGAUGAAAGUGAACAAUCGACUGGCAGCGAUGAUGAAGGAGAGCAGACGGGAGGAGCCGCCGGCGCCGGCUCAUCCAAACAGUCGGCUGCAGCAGGUGCAGCACGCAAACCAGCGAGGACCGCACAGCGACAAAAGCACCAGCAGCAACGACAGCAGCGCAGCUCCUCCGACGAGGAGUCCGAUGACGAUGACAGUGAUGAUGAUUCGGAGACAGAAGUACGGGAUGCCAAGAAGGGCGUGGCCGCGCUUAUCGAAAUCGAGAAUCCCAACCGUGUGACCAAAAAGGCCACCCAAAAGCUCUCCCAGAUCAAGAUCGACGAUGGAGGCAGCAGUGCAACUGGCAGUGGCUCAUCUUCAUCACACAAGCCGGAGCUGUCGCGUCGCGAACGUGAACAGAUUGAAAAACAGAAGGCGCGCCAGCGUUACGAGAAGCUCCAUGCUGCCGGCAAGACCACCGAGGCGAAGGCGGAUCUCGCACGGCUGGCGCUCAUCCGUCAGCAGCGAGAGGAGGCGGCCGCCAAGCGGGAAGCUGAAAAGAAAUCUGUCGCCGAUCUGGCCAAGAAGCCACUCUCCAAAUAGUCUAGACGCUCCACAUGACAGCGGGUUUAUGGCAAUCGCAUUCAAAUAACAAAAAUAGUUCGAAUUUCGCAUAAACAA